AUGACUAUCCACAGUCGCUGGACCAAGCUCGUACCGGAGACUCCAUUGCAAACAUGGGUGUUUGGAUCCUCCUUCGAACGGCUAUCAGACAAGCCCCAAUUCAUCGACCCGGAGCAACCUGACCAUUCUCUUAGUGUGGCAGAAUACCGGCUUUGGUCCAAGAGGUUUGCCAUGGGACUUCAGGCGGCCGGCCUGAAACCGGGCGAUCGAGUUUUACUUUUUUCUGGUAAUAAUCUGUUCUUCCCAGUGGUCUUCAUGGGAAUCCUCAUGGCUGGAGGAAUAUUUACGGGCGCCAAUCCGAGCUUCGUGGCACGGGAGGUGGCUUAUCAGUUGAAAGACAGCGGCGCCACCUUUCUUAUAGCUGCAGACGUGAGCUUGAAUAUCGCUCUUGAGGCGGCAGUCCAGGCUGGACUGCCCAAGAACCGUGUCUACAGUUUCGAUGCCACAGCUCUAGAUCCAACACCCGGCAAGGCUGAACUUGGCACGAAACACUGGACCGAGCUAUUGGCCCCCGUGGAAAAGGCCGAGAAGUUCGACUGGGUAGAACCUGAAGACCCUAAAAGCGCCACUUGCUGCUUAAACUAUAGUAGUGGGACUACAGGAGUACCAAAGGGUGUAGAAAUAUCGCAUUACUCGUACGUUGCCAAUGGAGUAGGUGUUGUUGGGGUAGCGUCGCUGAACCCUGAAUUUUCCGAAGUUAACAAGCGGGCGAGGCAGCUCUGCUUCCUGCCUAUGUAUCACGCAUUCGGUCAAACGUAUUAUACGUGCAUCUUCCCCAAACUGGAAGUCCCUGUAUACAUUAUGCCGAAGUUUGACUUUGUGAAAAUGCUCGAGUACACUCAGAAGUACCGGAUUACCAGCCUGACCUGCGUACCACCCAUUAUCGUCGCUUUGGCGAAACAUCCCCUCACGAAGAAAUACGAUUUGAGCAGCGUCGAAAGUAUUGGCUCUGGUGCCGCACCGUUGAGUCUGGAAUCGUCUGAUGAGGUGGCCAGGCUGUGGCCGACGGGCGUCAUCAACGUCAGGAACGGGUGGGGAAUGACAGAGGUAACGUGCACAAGCACCGGCUGGGACCCGAACAUCAAUAAGCGCAGUAAUGCGGUGGGUGAAAUGAUGCCUAAUUGUGCCGCCAAGCUCUUGAAGUUGGAUGGUUCCGGUGAGAUCACCCAGGCAAACGAGCCGGGGGAGCUCUGGGUUUCUGGUCCAACGCUUAUGAAGGGCUAUUGGAACAAGCCAGAUGCAACGGCUGAAACCAUCAAGGUCGAUGCUGAUGGCACAAAAUGGCUGAGAACCGGCGACAUUGCUUACGUUGAGAAAUACGAACCUGGUGGGCUGUGGCACGUAAUCGACCGCCUGAAAGAGCUCAUCAAGGUCAAAGGAAAUCAAGUCGCACCGGCUGAAUUGGAGGAUGUGUUGCUAGGCAACAAGGCGGUGGCAGAUGUUGCGGUGGUCGGUGUUACAAUCAACGGAGAGGAAGUACCUCGAGCUUACAUUGUACCGAACCCAGCGGUCAAAACCACGGAGAAGGAUGUCGCAAAAUGGAUGGAAAGCAAAGUCACCCGGUACAAGUGGCUGAAAGGCGGUGUGGUCUUUGUUGAUGAAGUCCCGAAGAAUCCUUCCGGCAAGAUUCUGCGCAAGGUUUUGAGGGACAAGGCAGCUCGGGAAGUGGGUGACCGGAAACCCACUACAUCGAAGUUGGCUUAA